UAGCUUAAAUCAUAAAUAAGUGAUAUAAAAAUAUGCACACACGCGACAUCCAUAGGACCAGAGUGCUGGAACUCCAUACGGGACAUUUCUACGCCCCAAAACCCACCACAUCCACAGGAACAUUCACGUUUCCUCCAAUCCCACCAUCCAGCACGCCAAACUAUUCGCCUCAGACCCAGCAACCGGUUCUCUCUUCGCCUUCAAAAGUUGACGACUCACAAAAAGGACAUCCCACGUCCCCGUCCCAAAGCGGGAAUUUCCAAAGCCCAAGAUCGCCUGCCUCAUCCCACGUCCCAAACUACCGGGAUACCUCUCAAUCUCUCAACUUCCUAUUCGAGAGAACUACCUUGCUCGCUUCACUAAUUGCUGCUGCUGUUCUCUCUUGGAGGUUCUGUCAAACGCGAGGGGCUAUCUGUCUGUCCUGUCGUAACGGGUAUCGAGGUCGAAUGAGGAAGGUUGCUCUCCCUUCCACCACACACACCGGACGCUUGGAUUUCAAAACUCGAGGGGCACGGCGAAAUGUAUGUGCGCGCGGUCGGGAUAUGCGAAACAUUACGUUACACGAAUCGAUUCCUAUCUCUAUCUGUAUCUCUUAUUUCUCAUGUUUAGUUUUGAGUUCUUAUCGAGCUGCAGCCUUUCUCCGGCCCGUCGAGAAGGAAGAAGGAGGAGGGGAAACGUUGCUUUAUCUGCCGGUACCGUAUCUGGGUAUCUUUGCCUUACCCCUAUUCUAUUUUUCACGUUGUGGCGGCUCGAAUUCUUGAGUGUGAGUGAGACAUUGUCUGCGCGGGAUGUCAGAUUACACGUGCUAGGGCUGGAGCUUCAGCUUUGCUGCCGUUAUCCGCCGUCUCCCGUGGACAUUCCCUUGGAUAGAGAGGGGCACGAGUGUUUAUUUCUUUUAUGGGAUUUUGUUUUGUUUGUCGAUGAGGGGCGAGAACUUGAUAAGGAUUUUUUUUUCUUGGAGGUGGGCUGAGAAAGAGGGGUGGUACUUUUUUGAGGCCAGAACUUGGACCCUUCUUUUUGACGUGAAAAGGAGGGAGAGAGUGUGGUAGACGUCCGAGAUAUGUAUGUAU